UUGCAGGCCAGCCUCUUGCACUGCGGGCAGGAAGAGAUGGCAGCAGGGGAGACGCAGCUCUACGCCAAGGUCUCCAACAAGCUCAAGGGCCGCCGCCCGCCCUCAAUCCUGGACCCCCUCCUGGCCAUGGGCUUCCCGGCGCACACCGCGCUAAAAGCGCUGGCAGCCACUGGAAGAAAGACAGUGGAGGAGGCCUCUGACUGGCUGCGUUGUCACUGCAAUGACCCUUCCCUGGAUGACCCCAUCCCGCAGGAGUAUGCCCUUUUCCUCUGUCCCACGGGGCCCCUGCUGGAAAGACUUCAGGAGUUCUGGAGGGAGAGCAAGCGUCAGUGUGCGAAGAACAGAGCUCAUGAGGUCUUCCCGCACGUGACCCUCUGUGACUUCUUCACGUGUGAAGACCAGAAGGUGGACUGUCUGUAUGAGGCUCUAAAGAGAGCUGGGGACCGGGUCCUGGGUUCCUUCCCCUCGGUUGUCCCUCUGGUUCUCCAUUCUUCCGUCAGCUACCUUGGCUUCUUCCUGAACGGCACCCCCGCUGAAGUUAUCCGUGAGUUUGCCAUGAUGUUCGCCACGGAAGCAUCUGUCUUGGCAG